GAACAUCGGCAGUUUACAAGUCGCCCGUCGACUUCAUCCGACUUAAGAAGGUCACGAUCGCCGAGAAGAAUGGAGUAUAGGCGGCAUUAUUCUCCGCCUGGAGUUGAUAAGGAAGUGAGGUCACAGAUCGCGGAGCUUAAUAAGGGCUUCGCAUCGAUUAAGCAAUUCCACGACGUUGAGCAGGCAAGGAAGGAGGAAAAAGCUCGGAGGAAACUCGAGAAGGAGGAAGCAAGGAGACGUGAAGCAGAAGAAGCCAAAAAGCGGGCCGCAGAGGAAGCGAAGCGUGAGGCUAAACAACAAAACAAGAGAGAAAAGGCGCCGGUCAAAGCACUGGACACCAAGGGGAAGAAGAAGGUCCAUUAUGAAGUUGAGGAGGUGGUCUCGGAUUCAAGCGGUGAUGGCAGCGAAACCAGCGUCACCCAGGAAUUGAGUGAAAAGACCGGGAAGCUUUUCAUCUCGGAGAAGAGGAAGCGUGAAGCCGAUGUUGUCUUUGAGGAUAGCCCGCCAAUGGAGGCCUGUCCUAAGCGUACGCCGAAACGUGGAUCGAUGAAACCGGUGGAUCUUAGCAUGCGGAUGACUCGAUCAAAGACUGCCAAGAAGACCGGGAGGACACCGAUUCCCGCUAAGAAGAAGACUCCAGUGAAAACGCCUUUAUCGAAGAUCGUGAAGUCUGCGAGGAGGAAGACUCCACAAAGCCGAUCGACUCCAGAUGCGAGCGGAGCUUUGGCUCGUUUACAGUACCGAGACGCUGUCAUGAAGGAACUUAAGGAUUUGGAGGCUCCUGAGCUGCAGAAGAUCCGCCCAGACGAGGGCCUUCACUAUGAUAAGAAGAUCGAGGCUAUAUUUGACAUCGCGGAGCAUCGGACCCAGAUUGCAUUUGACAAGGCUACGGUGGAUGAAGCGGAAGUCAUUCGUAUUGCUGACUCCGACAAUACCGAGGAGGUAAACCAACCUGAGGAUGAGAUUGUGUGAAGAGGGUUCGAAGCGACCCAUCUUUGGAAGCUGUGUCGUUAUCUUACUAGUCUGCGUUGCAGUUCUAAUUCCAUUUCUAAACGGGUUGAUAAUGUACUCCGAGUGGUGAUCAUCCUACUGACGCUUUUAGACCAGAUCAAGUGGACACGUAGAUAUGUGAAUGCCUGGUUGAAUUUGUAUCGAAGGCAUGGCGUGGAGUUUAUUGAACUGAGUUGCGUAGUGUAUGUCGCUGUGUCACCCUACUGUAAGAGAGCACUUGCAUACCUUUCGUACUCAGUCGCAUUUUCAUCCUUGGCUUGCGUCAUUCGGCUUCGGAAACUAUGUCCUGAUUCCCGUCUAUGUACUCGUUGGAAAAGAUUUGGUGAAACUUGAAGAACUUUACAUUAGCCGUUGGUCGCCAUUCUUGAAUAUAUCGGGGAUUGCGAAACGAGAACACAGGGUAAGAGGAAGGUUCCGGGGAAGAAUGAACGUGCUAGGGUAGC